AUGCCCACAAAUUCUGACAUCCUGAUGUCCAAAAAUUCAUCAGUUGCAACCUUGAGUAUCCACAGUUGUAAGUAUGGACGAAGUGAAACACCAGAUGACCUCAAUGAUGAAUCCAUAGAAAACAGCACAUUAUCAGUGUCAAAAUCUGAAACUGUUGACCUGGAACCAUUAGUGGAAGUUGAGUCGGAAAAUAACAUCAUAAUCACUGAAAUGCUCGCAUCUCUAUCAAUAUUGGAGGAGGCAGAGGCUCCUGUGUUUGAAAGGCACACAAUGCUCCAAAUUCCCCACAUGAUCGCUCAGUUAAGUGGAAUUAUUGAGAUGGAUUCUCAGGAGGAACAGGAAGCAAAUGAGCCCAUGGAGACAUCGAUACCUGAACGUAAGCCACGUCCGAUACGAAAAGCACAUUUACCAGAUAUAGAGAAUAAAAGAGCAAACGUCAUCACAGAGAUCAUAAACACGGAGAGGGACUAUGUCAAAAAUCUACGGGAUAUUCAUGAGGGCUACUACAAACAGUGUCAUAAAGCAAAAGACUUGUUCCCUCAUGCACGAAUGAUAACUCUCUUUUCAAACAUCGUGGACAUUUACAAAAUGCACAAGAAAUUGCUAUCCUGCAUGGAGAAGAAUUACAACUUAGAACAUCCCCACAUGAGUGAGUUUGGUGUCUGCUUCAUGGAGCAAACAGAGAUCAUGCAGGAGGACUACGUCCCCGCAGAAUCAGCCGGCAUGAGGCAGGGCUCACCAGGCUUCAAGCUGCCUUCAUUUUGGCCCGAUCAACCUCAGAUGCCAAGUUUUAUGAUGUAUGCUGAAUACUGCAAAAAUCACUUAGAUGCUCUUGAGGAAUGGUCCAAACUGAUAAUGGUGGAAAAAUAUACUUACUUUUUUGAGGUCUGUCGAAUGCAUCAACAGAUGAUCAACCUCCAACUAGAUGGGUUUCUGAUUAUGCCGGUGCAAAAGAUUUGUAAAUAUCCAUUACUGCUGAAGGAGCUACUGACAACCACCUUACCUUCCCACCCGGAUAUCAAGAAUGUGGAAGCAUCCGUAAUUGCCAUUAGGAAAGUUCUCGAUGCGAUUAAUACUGAGAAAGCAAAGGACGAGGAGGAAGAUAAAUUAUCAUCGUUUCAGCGGACGGUUUCAAAUUGGCUGGGUGAAGAUCUUAUAUUCCGCAGCAGUCAAAUGGUCCACCGUGGUGAUUUAGUCGUGAUUGUCGGAAAAGGUGGCAGGGCAAAGACUUUUGUGACUUUCCUCUUUGACCAUCAGAUGAUUUUCUGCAAAAAGGACAUGAUACGUCGCCACAUACUUUACUACAAAGAAAGAAUCUACAUAGAAACCGGCAUGGUGGAAGAUGUGCUUGAUGGGGUCGACGAGGAAUUUGACAGUCGAGUCAAAUAUGCUUUCAAACUUAGAAACAAGCUUUUUGAAGACCAAUGUAGACUUUUCUUUGCAAAGAAUCUUGCAGACAAACAAUUAUGGCUUCGUUCCUUUCAUGAGGAGAGAAAUAUUGCUGAAGGAGAUAAAUUCGAUUUCAUUCGUUUUCAGUAA